UUAAUGUUCUACAUAAAAUUAAAUCUCAAAUGCUGCAAUCUAUUAGACGAUGAUAAAUGAUAGCAAAAGUAUUUGUAUUAUUCAGAGAAAAGAAAAUAAGGAGAUAUGGCCAUUUAUAAGGGAUUUGUAGGUUAUGACAUCCUGCCAGCAUAUGAAAGAGAUUAAAAAAUAUUAUGUAAAUAAGAACAGCUAGACGCAAGAGAAUAAAAGGAGGCAUUUAACGACAGUUACCAUUUUUUAUUUGCAAUGUCCUUUGAGGUGCAAGAUAUAUUUUACCCUUCUGAAGGUAUAAAAUUGUUUGCCCGUAAAUUCAGCUCCAAAGUUGCAGAACGAAAAACAAAAGGCCUGUUGCGUGCUUGGAGGAACCUAUUCAGCCUUCAAAGCUAGCUAGCUACCGUGAGCCACGCUGUUUGAAUCAUUUUCCGGGCCGAUUCCAUAUUGGAAUCGAAACUAAGGUUUCGAUCUUCCUCGUCUAUUGCAUCGCGACCACGAUCCUUUUAAAAGGUUUACAAUGUAAGAUACUGCAGUCAGACAAGUCUUUUGCACCAAGAAGAAAAGGAAGAUGGCUGACCUUGUGUUUGAGAUAGGAAAUACAACACUACCGAAGAGCUUAAUGGAAACGGGCAGAUGGGAUCGCAGGGAAAGGGUUUAGGGUUUAGUAUAUGUAGCCCACAGCAAGGAAGCAGGGCCGGAGUCACCCAUCCGGAUCUGCAACAAACGGCCGCCGCCACCGCUUUCCUUCGGCUGCAGGAUCAGCUGAGCGCGGCUAUCACGUGGGCGGCGUGUCGAAGGUCACAGCUCAGCUCACAAUGGAGCUUUCGGAGCCUGUGCAAAGCGGCUUACAGAUCCUGGCUGAUCCGGGUAGCUUCUCGCUCCGAGCUUUCCAGGCUCUGCUCCAGGCUGCCUUCCAGAGCUUGCUCAGCGGACAGGCCGAGGAGGCCGUUUUCGAUUACCCAGAUUUGAAAAAUAUUGACCCAGUAAUAUUGAAAUACUGCCAUGCAGCAACUACUACUUGUAUAAUAGAAGCUGGAAAACAAAAAGCUGACCAAUCUAUUAUAAGUACCUACCUGGAAGACUGUAAACUUGACAGAGAAAGAAUUGAAAAAUUUUGCACUGAAUAUCAGAAACAUAAGGAUACCUUGGAAAUCAUAUUGGGAAGUAUAGGCAGAUGUCCACUACAUAUAACUGAUGUUUGUUGGCGUUUGGAAUAUCAAAUAAAGACUAAUCAACUUCAUAAAAAUUAUCGCCCUGCCUAUUUGAUGACCUUAAAAGUAGAGAAUAAUGAUUCAAGAUCUCAUCAGGACAUUAAUUUUAGUUGUUCUAUGGAGCAAUUACAGGAUUUAGUGGGAAAGUUAAAAGAUGCAGCUAAAAGUCUAGAAAGAACAACUCAACUAUAAUUACAGACUUGGCAAUCAACAGGAUUGAAGAAGAAAAGAAAAUGCUUGCUUCUUUGGCUAUAUGAUGAUCUUUUUUCUUGGUUUUAUUUAAUGGAAAUAUGAUAUAUGUUUGAUCAAACAGAAAUGGACUUUUUACUUUCUAGAUAACAUUACAAGUUUGUGUGCAAUAAAACUGUUGAGCUUGUUUAACUGUAACAUAUCUUUUUAUUUAGCUAUACACUUUUUAAAUAUCUGCUUAUGGUUCAGUUUUGCCCUUUUUAAAAAAUACCUUUGAUUUUACCAUUUUUUACUUUUAUCAUCUAAUAAAUGAAAAUAUAAAUCUA